UUCAUGUCUGUCUUCUAAAUACAUGUGCCCCGGUGUCCCUGCUGUAAUGAGCACCUUGCUGGCAAAUAUAAAUGCUUUCUAUGCUCACACAAGUGUUUCAACAAAUGUACAGGUUUCUGCCUCAGAUCGAUUUGCCGCUACCAACUUUGGUAGGGAAAAAUUCAUAAAACUACUGGACCAAUUGCAUAACUCUUUAAGGAUUGACCUGUCAAAGUAUAGGGAAAACUUUCCCGCCAGCAAUGCUGAAAGAUUGCAAGACCUGAAAUCAACUGUUGACCUGCUAACAAGUAUCACCUUUUUUAGGAUGAAGGUUCUGGAGCUGCAAAGCCCCCCAAAGGCCAGCGUGGUGGUGAAAGACUGUGUCAGGGCUUGCCUGGAUUCUACGUACAAGUAUAUUUUUGACAAUUGCCAUGAACUCUAUUCCCAGCUAAUAGACCCGAGUAAGAAACGGGACCUUCCUCGGGAAGAUCAGGGACCAACCACCAAGAAUUUGGAUUUUUGGCCCCAACUUAUUACACUGAUGGUCACGAUUAUUGAUGAGGAUAAAACUGCCUACACUCCUGUCCUGAAUCAGUUUCCUCAAGAACUGAACAUGGGAAAAAUAAGUGCUGAAAUUAUGUGGACCCUUUUUGCUCAGGAUAUGAAAGAUGCACUAGAAGAACAUGAAAAGCUGCGGUUAUGCAAGAGUACUGAUUAUAUGAAUUUGCAUUUCAAAGUGAAAUGGUUUUAUAUUGAAUAUGUGCGAGAACUUCCUGCCUUCAAGGAUGCCGUUCCUGAAUAUUCCUUGUGGUUUGAACCUUUUGUCAUGCAGUGGCUAGAUGAAAAUGAAGACGUGUCAAUGGAGUUCCUUAAUGGAGCCCUGGGAAGAGACAAAAAAGAUGGAUUCCAGCAGACAUCUGAUCAUGCACUGUUUUCUUCCUCUGUGGUUGAUGUCUUUGCUCAGCUUAAUCAGAGCUUUGAGAUUAUUAGGAAACUGGAAUGCCCCAAUCCUGAAGCAUUAUCUCACUUAAUGAGAAGAUUUGCAAAGACCAUCAAUAAAGUUCUGCUUCAGUAUGCUGUAAUUGUAUCAAGUGAUUUCAGUUCAUACUGUGAUAAGGAAAAUGUGCCCUGUAUAUUGAUGAACAAUAUUCAACAAUUGCGGGUUCAGCUGGAAAAAAUGUUUGAAUCCAUGGGAGGAAAAGAGCUAGAUCCUGAAGCUAGUACUAUUCUAAAAGAACUUCAGGUUAAACUCAGUGGGGUUCUGGAUGAGCUCAGUGUCACUUAUGGUGAAAGUUUCCAGCUUAUCAUUGAAGAGUGCAUAAAACAGAUGAGUUUUGAACUAAAUCAAAUGAGAGCAACUGGAAAUGCCGCAUCUAAUAAGAACAGUACAGCCAUGGAUGCAGAGGUUGUAUUAAGACCUCUCAUGGACUUCUUGGACAAAAUAUUAAGUCUCUCAGCAAAAAUCUGUGAGAAAACAGUCCUGAAGCGAAUAUUGAAAGAACUAUGGAAGCUAGUUCUCAACAAAAUAGAAAAACAAAUUGUCCUCCCUCCUCUGACAGAUCAAACAGGACCCCAGAUGAUUUUCAUUGCAGCUAAAGAUCUGGGACAACUAUCCAAACUGAAGGAGCACAUGAUUCGAGAGGAUACCAAGGGUCUGACACGGAGACAGUGUUCUAUAAUGGAGGUGGUCCUGGCUACCAUCAAGCAAUACUUUCAUGCAGGAGGAAAUGGCCUGAAAAAGAAUUUCUUGGAGAAAAGCCCAGAUCUUCAGUCUCUGAGAUACGCUCUCAGUCUUUAUACCCAAACAACUGAUGCCUUGAUAAAGAAAUUCAUAGACACUCAAACCUCACAGAGUCCCUCCUCCAGAGAUUCAGUGGGUCAGAUAUCUGUUCAUGUGGACAUCACCGCCACCCCAGGAACAGGAGAGCAUAAAGUCACUAUAAAAGUGAUUGCUAUUAAUGACUUAAACUGGCAGACCACUGCAACGUUCCGCCCCUUUGUGGAAGUUUGUAUGCUGGGACCCAACCUCGGAGACAAGAAGAGAAAACAAGGCACAAAGACAAAAAGCAACACAUGGUCACCAAAGUAUAACGAAACAUUUCAGUUCAUUCUGAGUAAAGAAAACCGCCCACGGGCCUAUGAACUUCACCUUUCAGUUAAAGAUUACUGCUUUGCCAGAGAAGAUCGAAUUAUCGGAAUGACAGUAAUUCAGCUUCAGAACAUAGCAGAAAAAGGAAGCCACGGGGCAUGGUAUCCCCUAUUGAAAAACGUCUCUAUGGAUGAAACUGGUUUGACUAUCCUUAGAAUCCUCUCGCAGAGGACCAGUGACAGUGUGGCUAAAGAAUUUGUAAGACUUAAAUCUGAAACAAGAUCUGCUGAAGAGAGUGCUUGAAACAAACACUGUAAGAUAGCAUCUAUGAGAAUUCAUAAACUAUAACUGUUUGACUACUGCAUGCAUGUGCAAAUACACGGGAAUGUUUAUUUCACUACGUUUCAGUGUUUGCCCAGUACUCAAGAACAAUGUCUACAAGGUAUGUGGAAAACCUGUGGAACUUUUAUACCACUUCUGGUCUUUGAGAAACAAAUGUUCCAUGAAGUGCCAAAAUUAUGAUGUAAAGUGAAAUAUCCAGAGUAUCUUUUAAAAUGUUUAUUUCAUUACCAAUUUCUCAUCCAUUAAACAUACUAAAAAACAGUCUCUUAAGUUGGUCCAUUAGUUGUCCUUGUUACAUUGGUGUAUAUGGCCAGUAGAUAUGAAAGCAUCUGUUACUCAAAUUCUAUUUAGACUUACCUCAUUAUAGAUGUCUUACAAAUACCCUUUUCUAUCAUGACUAGAAAUGCAGUUACUUCUAGAAAGCAUUUGUAAUUUUAUAGUUGCAGAUAUAUUGUGAUGAUUUUUGCAUACAUAUUAAAAUAGAAAAUGUGGAAAAUAUUUUAUGCCAACCGGUUUCCAACCUUUCUGAAAUCACUGUGAAGAAAUGCUCUUAAAGCAAACUUAUAAAAAGUAAUGCUAAAUAGUUUGUUAACAGUGUUUGAUAUAUCAACAGAACUUUGUUCUUUAAAACUGCGAAGGUCACAUCACAUUUGUAAAAAAAAAAAAAAAAAAAAAAAAAGGUAAGUUGAAGCAUUUGCCAUCUAGCAUUAUGUCUUGGCUUUACUAGAUUUCAUUCUUUAGAAAGUCAUACGACUAAUGGUUUAGGAGUAUGAUGGAAGGUUUGUUUCUUAAAUUACCUAUGAUAAGUAAUUAUACUGUUAGUGUUUUCCUUCUGACAGUUAUGACUAACUCCUUAUUUACUGAGUGCUAUAAUCAGUUAAAUGCUUUUCUCUUUUUAGAAAUAUGCAACAAUUUUUACUGAAUGCAGCAUUACUACAUAUUGCACUGGAGCAAAAAGUCACGUCUUCAACUAUUUAGUGAAAAAUGUAAAAUGAAGUCUGAAGAAAUUGCUUACAGUUUUGUAAUUUAUGUUAUUUAUAAGCCCAAGAUGCAUACAAUGCAAUAGGAAAACAACUUAUUACAGGUCGGUAGAUAAAAAUAUAACUAGGUUAGAGUUUGAAUAUGAAAUAGCUUAUGAAUAUUUGCAUUUUCUCUGUUUUUAUGGUUUGACUUUUUAGAAUCUGUGCCUAAAUCCUUGGCUGUAGAAGAGUACUUUGUAGUUGUAACUUACGGUCAUAACUGUUAGUGGGCAACAUACACAUGCAGGAACAAGAUCCUGUUAUAGUGACUGUGCUUUGUGAACAAGCUGGUCUGAUAUGUUAAGAACAGAAAUGAAAAGUAUCAUGACUCUCAGAACCAUGCUGUUACUGGGUGUGAAAACACAGACAGUAAGAUCCACUAAUUCAUGUUAAAUUGAUAAGCAAGUCCUUUGUUAAUGACGUCUCCAAAUGCAUAGUACAAUGCAAUCCUCUGGCAUAUGCAUUAAUAAAUGGAUGUAUAUUGAGCACAUGCAA